AUGUCCCAACCAUCAUCACGUCCCGUCGUGGUACUCGGAGCCGGGGUGCUGGGCCGCCGCAUUGCCUCCGUCUUUCUUGCAGGCGGAUACAAUGUGCAUAUCCGCGAUCCCUCCUCGCAAGCCCUCUCGGACGCAUCCAGCUACAUCAACAGUCAUCUUCAGGAGUUCACAGCUCUUACCCCUUCUCAACGCACCGGUGGUACAUACAAGACCUUUACAGAGAUCCCCGCCGCCGUAACAGACGCCUGGCUUGUUGUAGAAGCCGUACCAGAGAAACUGCCAUUGAAGAUCAGCACAUUUGCAGAAGUCGAUCGCAAUGCACCGGCCGACUGUAUCAUUGCAUCGAACAGCAGUUCAUUUAAAUCGAGACACAUGCUGGACGAAGUGAAACCUGAGAGAAGGGAAAUGGUCCUGAAUAUGCAUUUCACAAUGCCGCCUGCUAUCCGGACGGUGGAGUUGAUGACGGAUGGAGAAACGAGUCCAAAGUUGUUCAAUUUGUUGACGGGUGUGUUGAGAGAUUGUGGUAUGAUACCUGUUACGGCGAGACGGGAGUCAACUGGAUUCAUCUUUAAUCGUCUCUGGGCUGCUAUUAAGCGGGAAAUCAUGUUUAUCCUCGCGGAAGAUGUCAGUUCCCCUGAGGAGAUUGAUCUCCUGUGGGAGAAUAUGUUCCAGCUUCCGUCUAGCUUGCCGCCGUGUCGAUUGAUGGACCAGAUUGGUUUGGAUACGGUGGCGUUCAUUGAGGAUAACUAUGUCCAAGAGAGAGGAUUAGACAGCCGCAUGACUGUCGACUGGCUGCGUGAGAAAUAUAUUUCACCUGGGAAAUUGGGACUCAAGAGUGACAAGGGCGGAUUGUAUCCUCCCAAGUCUGCCGAAAAUGGCGUCAAGGAUGAAGAGGUCUUGUACUUACUCGACGUCGGGUUGGGGUCAAACAAUUCCAAUAUCUCGCUCGUUCCAACUGCCGGGCGAAUUCUCAAGUUUCACACUAGUACUGGGAAGAUGAGCACUCUCAUUGAAGGACAGUCCUUGCCGGAUGGAAUUGACGUCUCGCGAACCGCAUCUCGCAUCUUCUGGACGAAUAUGGGCCGUUCGACGGCCUCAAAUGAUGGCUCUCUACACUCGGCGAACCUUGACGGAACGGAUAUCCAGACUCUCUUGCCCUCUGGCACGGUGCAUACACCGAAGCAACUGGUCGUUGAUGAUGUCAACAGCAAGGUCUACUUCUGUGAUCGUGAGGGUAUGGGCGUGCACCGAGUCAAUUUUGACGGAACCAAUCACGACAUUCUAGUUCGUACUGGCUCUCUCGAUAAGCCAGAGGAAAGAAAAGAUAUGACGCGAUGGUGUGUCGGUGUCACCUUGGACAUGGGUCGAGGUUACAUUUACUGGACGCAGAAGGGGCCCAGCAAAAGUGGCCAGGGACGGAUUUUCCGAGCUGGUAUUGAUAUCCCAGUUGGUCAGACAGCGGAUAAUCGACAAGACAUUGAGCUAUUGUUGGAAGGAUUGCCUGAACCGAUUGACUUGGAAUUGGAUGUGGAAAAUCAGUUGCUAUACUGGACUGAUCGUGGCGAACAUCCAACGGGGUGUUCGUUGAAUCGGGUGGAUGUUAGUGGCAGGGCUGAUAAAGCGGAGCUUCAAAGCAAGAAGGAAAUAUUAGCAAGGCAAUUCCACGAACCUAUCGGGAUCAAACUGGACGGAAAAAAGCAGGUAUAUGUGACGGAUUUGGGGGGAAGUGUAUAUCGAGUGAAUGAUGGGGAGAAGUCAGUGAUGUGGCGGGACAACGGCUGCUAUACUGGAAUAGCUAUAUCUUGA